CUCCCAUUGGCUUCGUACUAUGUCCAUCUCGAUUGGUCCUCGCCCUCUGAGCACACAGCGGAUGCUGAUUGGCUGCUGUGGGAGGGCGGGGCAGGCUCUUGCGCGCGCAGCUGGGACCUGUGAGCCCCUCAGUGACAGAGGGUAGUGGCCGCCAUGUCGGGCUCGGAGGUGGUGGGGGAUGAUCCCGCCGGGAAACGACCUGAUUCUGUGGAUUUGCUGGAAUGUUGUGGUGUCUGUCGGGAGCUGCUGAGAGCCGAGAGGGAACCGCGGCUUCUGCCGUGCCUCCACUCGGUCUGCCGGGAGUGUCUGCGGGCCGCUCCAGGCCCUGCCGCCGCCUCGGAUGGGCCAGUGGUCAACUGCCCCAUCUGCAAACAUGAGUGUCACCUGAAGGACAUCGUGGAGAACUACUUUUUGAGGGACAUUGGGUCAGAGACAGCUGCCAACAGCCAGGGGUUGAGCCAGUGCUGCACCAGCUGCGAGGACAACGCGCUGGCCACAAGCUACUGCGUGGAGUGCUCGGAGCCGCUCUGCGAGACCUGUGUGGAGGCCCACCAGCGGGUCAAGUACACCAAGGACCAUACGGUCCGGGCCGCAGGCGGCGGCAAGAUGAAGGAGGGGGAGCAUGCCGUGUACUGCUCCGUGCACAAGCAGGAGCCACUGGUGCUCUUCUGCAGCACGUGUGACACGCUCACCUGCCGUGACUGCCAGCUCAACGCGCACAAGGACCACCAGUAUCAGUUUCUGGAGGACGCAGUGAGGAACCAGCGCAAGAUGCUGGCGAUGCUGGUGAAGCGCCUGGGUGACAAACACGCCAGCCUGCAGCGCUCCACCAAGGAAGUGCGCAGCUUCAUCCGCCAGGUGACGGACGUGCAGAAGCGGGUGCAGGUGGAUGUGAAGAUGGCCAUCCUCCAGAUCAUGAAGGAGCUCAACAAACGCGGCAAGGUGCUGGUGAGCGACGCCCAGAAGGUGACGGAGGGACAGCAGGAGAAGCUGGAGCGGCAGCACUGGGCCAUGACCAAGUUGCAGCGGCACCAGGAGCACAUCCUGCGCUUCGCCUCCUGGGCCUUGGAGAGCAAAAACAGCACUGCUCUGCUGCUCUCCAAGAAGCUGAUCUGCUUCCAGCUCCACCAUGCCCUCAAGAUGAUUGUGGACCCCGUGGAGCCACAGGGUGACAUGAAAUUCCAGUGGGACCUCAACGCCUGGACCAAGAGCGCUGAGAGCUUUGGCACCAUUAUCUCAGAGCGGAGCCUCCCCCCACCAUCCCUCAGCCCCCAACUGCCCACCAGCAACCCCUCUGACCCCAGCCCCGCUGCAGGAGCCUCGCAGGGCCCCCUGCAAGCCACAGUGGUCAGCAAAGGGCAAUAUGCUCCUGGGCCCUUCCUGCAGUCCUCCAUGGGACCCCAAAUGGAGGCUGAGGAGGGGCAGGGGACCCUCGGCACCCCACAGAGUGAGGGGGAGGGGCAGGAGAUGCACAUCCUGCCUCAGUUUCCCCCAGGAGCUGAAGGACCCGGCUGCCCCGACCUGUCCCCCCCUCACCUUGACCCACAAACAGCCGAGAGCCCCAGGGAUCCAGCUGCAGGUGCUGAGCUGGCCAACAGCCCCCCCGAAGCUGCUGUCACAAGAGUGAAGAGGAGAAAACACCUUCAUCCUCCCAGGGAGGAGGAGAAGCUCAUUAAGAAGCUGCUCAUUAAGCGGAGCUGCCCCCCCGGGGGCCUGGUGAGCACCAUCCUUCGCAAGGUGCCGCGGGUCAACCUGGAGCGACUGGAUCUGGAUCUGUCGGGGGUGACGCAGCCCCCCAUCUUCCGUGUCUUCCCCGGCACCUCAGCCGAAGACUUCAGCCUCAUCAUCAUUGAGCGGGGGGCGCAGCCGCGGCCCCCCACCCCACUCGCCAUCAAGGUGGAGGAGCAGGAGGCAGCCAUCGGGGACACCCAGGACACCAAGCCGGUGGGGCUGCUUCCCAAGCACCUUAAGGUGCCGGAAUACCCGGGAUCCAUGGCAGGAUCGGGAUCCCCCCCCGCCCGGAGCGUCCCCUGUCCCCGGGGCUCCUGUUGUCGCGUCUGCUGCCAGGCCGGUGCCGUGGUGAUGUGUGACCACUGCGAGUGCUGCUACCACCUCAGUUGUCACCUCCCUGCCCUCCAGGAGGUCCCCAGCCCCGAGUGGAGGUGUCUGCUGUGCCAGGACCUGCCACCCUCCAGUGAUCACCUCACCGAUGGCGUGGAGGAAGGGCCAUCCCACAGACUCUGCCCCCUGGACCAGCAGAAAUGUGAGUAUGUGCUGCUGGAGCUGCUCUGCCACGAACCCUGCCGACCUCUUCACCGCCUUUCCAGCUCCCCGGAUGGCCAGGAUGCCAUCGACCUGACCCUCAUCCGCGCCAGGCUGCAGGAGAAGCUCACCCCGCACUACCGCAGCCCCGAGGAGUUUGCCCGCGACAUCUGGAGGAUGAUCCGGCAGUUCAACCGCCUCACUGAGGACAAGGCAGAUGUUCAGUCCAUCCUGGGCCUGCAGCAGUUCUUCGAAGCUCAGCUCAAUGCUGUUUUCGGCGACCGCAAGUUCUCCUCCCUCCUCUUCCUCGACUCGGAUUCCCCCAGGGCUGAGGCUCGAGGUUCCCCAGCCUCCUCGGCUGCCCCCUGCGGUCCCUGAUGUGUAUUGGGGGGGGGGGGGCGGGGAUAGUGGGGCUGGAUCCUGCCCCCAUGACUUCAAGAACCCUGAAGAGGGACGUGGUGGUGGCCCUGUCUCCCCUCGCCCCCCACAUCCCACUCUGUCAGAGAAAUAAAGCCAUCCUCUCGGG